AACAACCAACAACAACAAGAACAACAACCAGCCAGAGAUGGAACAACAACAACAACAACAACUCAUCAACAAACUAUCAACACCCUCACUCUCAACAAACAACCAAAACAACAACCACUCAAAACGACUACAGAUCAGCUCACUCUACAACCAACACAAACACAGACUACACUCACUACUACCCAAACCACAACCAACUCACAUUCAACAACAACCACCACCACCACCACAACAGCAAGAACCAUCAACAAACAGACUCUCACCAGAACCAUUCGACUCUCUCAUCAACAAGCACUUCACAUCAUCCAUCCUACCCGGACUCAGCUCAUCAGCAUUCCCAAGCUCAUCAGCAACAGACCCAAUCAUCCCAGAUGCACAACUAGAGGACGGCCCACUACUCAGAGCUCAACUCUCCGGACUAGAACAUCGUGCCUCACUACUCAAGAAAUCAAUCAAACCACUCAUCAAAGUAUUCGAACUCAUCCAUCAGAACCUCUGCACCAGCCUAGAAUCCGAUACCCGUCUCGAUCAAGCACUAGAAAUCCUCGACGAAACUACUCCAGCUUGCUUCAGACCACUCAAAGAGAUCUACUACAAAUCCGCAAAACUACAGAAUAGGGCAAUCGACCUCGAACGCAAGGAACGAUUGGAACUCCAGAUCUUGGACCCUCUCCGUCGGAUGUCAAGUAACCUCAAAGAGAUCAACCAAAAGAAGAAAUCGUUUAUCCAUCAAGCCAAACUAUACGAUGAAACGCUUCAGAAGUUUCUAUCGAUCAAAUCUGAGGGUGAAGCGGAGAUGAAGAAGAUGGAACAGAUGAAAGCCAAGGUCGAAUUUGCGCGAAUAGAGUAUCAUCAUUGGAUCUAUGAACAGGCGGUCUUCCAGGAGGUCGAAGUACUCGAGCUCCUAACAGAAUAUAUGUUCUCAGAACAUGCCUGCAGAAGAUCCCCCACCUCAUCAGAGACAGAUACCAUCGGAAUCGAACUAAUCCAUCUCAGACAGGAACUAGCCAUCCGACACAUCGAACGCGAGACUCAACGGAGAGCCAUGGAGAACCAUCGACAGGCCUGGAGAAACAAACUCGACAGCUUCCUCCAAAGCUCUACUACUGCCGAUCACCAUGCACGUCUUUUGAACACUUCAGAUACACCACCCAAAGCCAAGCUCAUGAUCCGCACCACUUCUGCCUUCGAUCAUCUUCACUCCAAUCCAUCCAGCCAUCGGACCCACGAAUUGGGUGAAAAACUGCGCGGGUUCGCAUUAACAUUGACUGGGAAAGCCUUCGGAAGCGAGGAAGGGAUUACGAGCUCGAGCCCUCGAGGACGUAAGAACUUAGCCAUCCCAAACUCUCUAGCAAUGGCCAUCAGUCCGUCGAUCGAAAGCGAUGAACAGUUCGAAGAUCAUUCGAUCAAAAGGAUGCGAUCGUGGUCGGCUAACGUCCAAAGAAAGAAAGAAGGCUUCCUACUUUCCUGUACCAAAUCAUUAGCAGCUGGAGGUCCAGUCCAACGACAUCAUCAUCAUAAUCAGCAGCAUCAUCCAACCGAACAAUCACAAGGGACUGGAGGAAUCCCGAACGGCUCCGAUGGCGUUCGAAGUUGGAAGAAACUUUGGUGCGUAUUGGCGGGUGGUGAAUUGCGCGAAUACAAGGGAGACGAAUUGGUGGACCCUCAUCGAUCUGGUAUCGAUCUUCGCUACGCGAUGGUCCGCCCUCGUAAGGGUAAAGCCGAACGUAAGUUCAGCUUCGAGGUCGUCACGACUAAGUUUGUCAGAGUCUAUCAAGCUUUUAGCUUGUUAGAAAUGCAUGAAUGGGUCGCCGCUAUCGAAGGGUCUAUCGAAAGUAUUCUCAACAGUUCGACUUCGGCUAAGACGGCCAGACCAAAGCCAGGAGGAGAACAGGCGCGAAUAGCCACCUUGACGAUCCCUAAGUCGAAGCCAGUGAUCAGUUCGAUAGCCGUCAGAAGGCUCGAAAGUGAUUAUCCAGCUGAGGGAGUGAUCGGGAAGACCAAAGCGGUAAGCAGUAACACCCGAAAGAAAAGGGCGAAUACUGUAGCUCAUCAGGAAGGAGGUUUACAAGUCGAAUGGAAGCCUAUCGGCGACUCCUCUUCCCUCCUCCAUCAUCGCUCCGCCCCCUCCGAUCUUCCUCACCAUCUUCCUCCGCCCGCUAGACUCUGGAGCCCUCUGCCCAGCGAUCAGGACGACCAUUCUCCCCGCUCUCGAUCGCUCACCGUCGAGGAAGACUUGGAGUCGUCUCAGCCGUCCGUCCCCGUCAGACCGGAUGAUCAAGCUCGGGCCAAACGGCGAAUGAUUGAAGAGGAUGAUGAUAAUCGUCGGUCGGUUACCGAUGAAGGAGAUGAAGAAGAUGAAGAAGAAGAUGAGGAGGAGGAGGAAGGUGAUCUGGGAGACGAAGAAGAAGACGAAGAAGAGGAGGAGGAAGAAGAAGAAGAGGAAGAGGAAGAGGAGGAAGAGGAGGAGGAACAACCACAAGAAGACGAAGAGGAAGAAGGAACGAUGUACGAACGGAACUGGACCGAACUGGAUAACCUUUCGCACCGAUCGAGCUGUGCUGAAUGCGGAAAACCCAAUCCGCGCUGGGCGUCGUACUCUUUGGGGAUCCUGAUCUGCAUCAAUUGUUGUGGGAUCCAUCGCGGAAUGGGCACGCAUAUCAGUAAGGUUCGAAGCUUGGAUUUGGAUGAUUGGAAUAAUGAGCAGAUCCGGCAGAUUCGGGUCGUCGGCAACCAGAAAUCGAAAGCGUUUUGGGAAGCUUCGUUGCCGAAAGACUUUCACUUAACUCCUUCGAAUAUCAAACAAUUCGUUCAUGAUAAAUAUAUUCAUAAGAAAUUCAUUCCGAAGAACACGAAUUAACUGGUUUGUUUCUUAGUUCAAUUUGCAUCUCCAUCUGCUCCCAUCUCCCACAAUUUUCUUUUCUUCUCUUUUCUUUUCGAAAAACACACACACCUACUUUUUUGCCCUUUUUCAUUUUUUUUUUCUUUCUACACAUAUCUUCAUCCUUGCUUAUCCUUAAAAGUUAUAAAAUAAUGCUUACUAUAAAAUAGUCAUUUCACUUCACUUUUCCCCCUCUCUCUAUCUAUUCAUCAUCAUUAUCAUCAUUAACCAUAUAUUACUACCAACCCUCCUCGAUUUUUUCUUCUUCUUACACCAAUCAACCAAUCCAAUCCAAUCCAAAUAUCUAUAAUAUAAUGUUAAUCCAAUCGAUUUAUUUCAUUCAUAGAAUUGUAUAAUUUAUCUGCUCGCACUUACUUAUAUGUACUUUGUCCCAGUCCAAAAACCAAACCAAAAUUCUUAACCACUUCUCUCUCUUAUUUUUACAAACCCAAUAGCAAUAGUAUCAGCAGUAGUGGUUUGGCUAAAGAUAGUCUGUUGCAGAUAGCAGCACUAGUAUUAACAGUAGUAACAGUGGUAGUCACAGUGGUAGUUGUAGGAACAGUAGGCAGUAGUAGUGCUAUAUGGGUAGUCUAUGUAUGGAGCUGUACUGGUGGUGCUUGGUGUGAUAACCUAUGGCUUUGUUGUUGUAUUGUAUCAAAAAUGGCAAUAUAGAUGUGUUUUCAUGAAGGGUUGGAGCCUCC